AUGCGAAACGGAAGCAUUGGACGAAGUUGGCGGAAGGAGAUUAAAAUUGAAGAGAAAAGACGUGAGAAUGGAGUUAUAAGACUAGCGGAGGAGGAAAUAACGUGGGAUGAUGGUAUUAAAAUUAUAUUUAUGAAAGAAGAAAUGUCUGAGGAAAGCAGUGAUGAUGACGACGAUUAUCCAGUAGUUUCGUACUACGAGG